AUGAUGCGCUUCGUCAUCCUUUUUCUUGCUGUCACAUUGUUCGCCGUCAUGUUGUGGCCGUCAUCUGGUGGUCACAACUCCCCAUUGCACGCCCAAUCGAACAUAACUAUUUCUUCGAGGGUGAAAUGCAAUCCCGACGACGACAUGCUGCGUAGGAUGGGCGUUGCCAAACUGGCCAAAUACACACGUCGCGAAAUUGUCGCAGAAUUCUCCCCAGAGGACUUGCCCAUGACCCAGCAGAUCGACCAACCCAUGCUGAACGUGAAAUAUAAACAGCCCAACACAGAUGAGAUCGAGGGGGCGCUGGACCGCUGCUCGGUUGACACCCCCUUGACUAUUCAAGUCCCGAGGCCUCCAAAGGUUCCGGACGCAUCACACAUCGACUUUGGAGUCGCUACUACUGCAUCGCGGUUGAAUGAGUCCCUAGAUCAAUUUGUGCACUGGGCUGGGUACACGCGCACGCGCAUCUUUGCACUCAUCGAGCCCGAUGAGUCAGGUGUCCAAGUCCAAAGUGUGCGUGCCAAGGCGGACGCGAUGGGGGUCAAUCUCCAUAUCACGGAGGCAGACGACGACUACCUGCACAGGUACUUUGCUCUGAUUCCCCUGUUGGAGAGCAACUUGCGCGAAUCGACACAAUGGUCAAUCAUCAUCGACGACGACACAUUCUUCCCCUCGAUGCCCGCACUCGUCGAUGCGCUUGCCGCCUAUGACCACACCAAACCCAUGUACAUCGGCGGAGUAUCAGAGGGUGUCCCACAGAUCGCAGCAUUCGGCCUAAUCGCAUUUGGAGGCGCAGGCGUCUUACUGUCGCGACCACUGCUGUCAGAACUGACCACUGUCUACGAUGAGUGUGAGCGAAUGACCUUCACCGGUGACCGUCGCAUCGCAAACUGCAUCUACCAGUAUACCACUACCCGUAUGACGGUCGACCACCGUUUCCAUCAGCUCGAUCUGAUGAAGGAUGCCUCCGGCUUCUUUGAGUCCGGUCGCGAGCUUCCGCUCUCCGUGCAUCACUGGAAAUCCUGGUUCCAGGCCGAUAUCCCCAAGCUCAGCGUCAUCUCCGAGCUGUGCGGGCCCACUUGUCUCCUCCGCCGAUGGAAGUUCAGCGACGGCUGGAUGCUGACCAACGGCUUCUCUGUCGUCAAAUACGGCUGGACUCCAGGACCGAAUGACCUUAGCAUGGAAAUGACGUGGGAACCGCACAAUGGCGCCAACACCGAAUCCUACCUUCACGAACUCGGCCCAUUGCGCCACAAGGACUUGGAGAAGGUCAGCUAUUUGCUCGCAGACUCCAUCGUCGAGAUGGACGGCAGUGUUCGACAAUGGUAUAUCAUGCGCGAUGCGGAUUUAGGCGAUGAGAUCCUGGAGCUCUCAUGGCGAAAACGGUAG